CCCAAGGUUCGAAGUUCAUACGCUUGCGCAGUGUGGAGGAAGUGUGCAAUUUGAAAAAAAGCUAACUGGUUAGCGCAAGUUGUAGUGCUAAAUAUUUUCAGUCAGCAUCAGGCAGAUACCGGUCUUUUACUAGCCUCUUUCACGUUGGUCAGUAUUUGCGUGAGUGAACGCUAUGUCAGCGAGAUAUGAUAGAGCUAUCACUGUAUUUUCUCCGGAUGGCCACCUCUUUCAAGUGGAGUACGCCCAAGAGGCUGUCAAGAAAGGAUCCACAGCGGUUGGCAUAAGGGGUAAAGACAUCGUCGUUCUGGGUGUGGAAAAAAAAUCUGUGGCAAAAUUGCAAGAGGAGAGGACAGUCCGCAAGAUCUGUGUGCUGGAUGAACAUGUCUGCAUGGCUUUUGCAGGUCUGACUGCAGAUGCACGCAUUGUCAUAAACAGGGCACGAGUGGAGUGUCAGAGUCACAGACUGACUGUGGAAGACCCUGUUACGGUGGAGUACAUCACAAGAUAUAUUGCCACCCUCAAACAGCGUUACACUCAGAGCAAUGGGCGUAGGCCAUUUGGUAUCUCUGCUUUGAUUGUUGGCUUUGAUUCCGAUGGGACCCCCAGACUCUAUCAGACGGACCCGUCAGGCACCUACCAUGCUUGGAAGGCCAAUGCCAUUGGUCGUAGUGCAAAAACUGUGAGGGAAUUCCUAGAGAAGAAUUACACAGAGGAGGCUAUUGCUGGUGACAACGAGGCCAUCAAACUGGCUAUUAAAGCAUUACUGGAGGUGGUGCAGUCCGGUGGAAAGAACAUUGAGCUGGCAAUCAUCAGGAGAAACCAACCACUGAAGAUCUUGGAGGCGAGCGAGAUUGAGACAUUGGUGGCAGAGAUUGAGAAAGAGAAAGAAGAGGAGGCAGAGAAGAAGAAACAGAAGAAGUCCUCUUGAAGCCCCUUUACUUCCUCUUGCUGACCUGAUGUUUACAUGAGUUUUUCCACAAGCAUGGAAGUACCUUAUUUAUUUUUCAUUAUGUAAUGGUUGUCACAGUCAUAACAGUGAAGUUCUCAGCCUCUUUUGUGUAAUAAAACACCCUUUCAACAUGGA